AUGAAAGCGCUUAUUUACGGGUUUUACGCGGCCGCUCUGGCGCUUCUCUUGACUGGACUGCGGGAGUUGCUCUUUGGGUUUGAGGAGAACCGCUGUAGCAUGACCUACAUGUUCGAAAUUCCUGAGUACCGGCGCGUCCAGCUUCCUCGACGUGUGGCGCGUCAGUACCCGGCAUAUGGACUCUAUCUUUACGGUGAAGGAUUAUAUGCUCAGGAAACUCAGAACCUCAAACUGAGCGGAGCUCCUGUACUCUUCUUACCUGGAAAUGCAGGAAGCUACAAGCAAGCUCGAUCUUUGGGCUCCGUGGCGUUGAGGAUGGCCGAGGACAAAGACAAAGGGUUCCACCUAAAUGUCUUUACCAUCGACUUCAAUGAGGAGCUGGUGGCCCUGUAUGGUGGAAGCCUAAUCCGGCAAACUCACUUCCUUCAUGAAAGCAUCAAGGUCAUCCUGAAGCUUUACAAGAAUUGUCCUAAUCCUCCGACCAGCGUGGUGUUGGUGGGUCAUUCUAUGGGUGGUGUAAUUGCUCGAGCUCUUUUCUCUCUCCCUCGCUUCAAUCCUCACCUGGUCAGCCUCAUCCUUACCCAGGCGUCCCCUCAUCAGGCCCCUGUUCUUUCUUUGGAUCCCUACAUUUUAGAUUUCUACUCAUCUGUUGGGCAGCAUUGGAAGACAGGAGGAAGAGAUUUGCAUAAUGUGACUGUUUUGUCGGUGGGUGGUGGAUAUCGCGACUAUCAAGUUCGCUCAGGCUUGACGACCUUGACCUGCCCUGCCGAUGACCUUAACAAGAUGGCCAUUGUGGUGACUGCUGUUCCCAGGACGUGGGUGUCUACAGAUCACUUGUCCAUCGUGUGGUGUAAGGAGUUAGUCCUGGCUACAGUUCGAGCCUUCCUUGAUCUCAUCGAGCCGGAAACGGGGCAGUUCACAGAGGACUCUGAGGAGAGGAUGUCUGUAUUGAAUUAUCACUUUGUUCGGCACCCAGUGCAGCUCCCAGGUGGGAGGGCCGACAUGCCCAUCAGCUUCUCAGGUGUCCCAGAGGCAUGGAGUGAAGUGAACACACUCCGUCUGUUCUACAGUGCUCCCAAGGAAGUUCAAUUUCAGUACUUCUUGUUUGCACUGUCCAGCAGGAGAAAGGCGUACACACAUUUCUACUGUCGCAAUAGCAACAUGGAAAUGUCUAGCUGGCUAUUUGGCUGCACCCAGAUGAACGGCUACAUGUGUGUGCAAGCAGUAGAUUUGUCCCACAAAACAGAACUUCUCCCAGCUUACAAGAUACUGACGAUGAAUCUGAGUGAUCUCCGUAGCUUCUCUCAUCUUGUCAUAGAUGCUUCAAAUCCCAGUGCAAGACAGUUUAUAGUGGAGUGUGAGUGGCAGAGAGAAAAAGGUCUGACCAUCCCAGCACCCGUACCCCACGUUCUGUCUUUUGGUUUGACAUCAAGUGAUGUUACUAUCAACUCGUCAGGUCUAGUCCACACGCUACACCUGCAACACUUUCACCAGGUUUAUCAGGCUUUUAAAAUCACCGUCAAGAGCCGGUGCAGGGUUACUAAAGAAAGAUUGCCCAGUAUCUAUAGAAUGAAGGUACCAUGGUUUCGAGAAGAUUCCUUCUUCACUGCAAGCAUUUCCUCAGUCACUGAGAUAGGAGGCAUGCUGCACACCAGCCACCGAGACGACACCUUAAGUGCCCACUUGCAACUCUACACUUCCCCCAACUGCCAGUACAAGAUAUCAAUCCGGACCUCAUUUCCUGAAGUGCUCGGACAGAUCCUGCGUUUCUGUGGACCAGUAUUGCCGGUGUAUGUGGCUGUAGCUUUGCUAAUGGCUUUGAGGAGGCAGCUGUCCUCUGUGCUUCAUACAGGCCAAGCCGGCAGUAUGAGAGAUGCAGUAGGUAACAGUCUGCAGCUGCAUCUGCUAGAGCCUCCUGUCCUGCUGCUCCACCUGUUACUUAGGCAAGGCUGGUUUCAGGAGGUCUGGUUGGCUCUGGGUCUCCCUGCUGUUGACCCUUUGCCCUUAACCUCUCAGGAGGACCUUUCACAUGGUGCACUAAGCCCUGAGCAGGACUGGCCCCGCCUUAUAUCACCACUGCUAUGUGUUCUGGGGACUGCCAUGGCAUUCUGGGGAAGCACUGUCCAUAGUUUGUUUUUACGCACUCUGUCUUUCCUCAUGGCUCCACUGCACAGGCACUCAGUCUCCCGACACUGUGGAACUCUUCGUCUGCCUGUUCAAAUCCUCCUCAUCCUUGGUCUGUCUGCGCUGGCUCGAUUUACCUGUGGAGCCCUGUCAAUCACGGCUGGCUUUCUGCUCCACCUUUAUCGGGUUCUCCGAUUACAGACGACUGAGAAAACUUUGGGUCACAUGCUGAACCUGGCACCACAGAAAACACAGCAGAACACUGAGAAUGGCCACAGCGAAAGCCAGAGGAAGCUCAAAGAAUCUAACGGUGGUCCACCCCUGUCCGAAUCUGCCGUGCAGGAGGUCAGAGACGACCUGCAGAUUCACCUGAGCGUGUCCGCACUGCUUACGCUACCUGUGAUGCUCAGCGCGCCCUCGCUUAUCUACUGGUGCCGCAACCUUAAAUAUUCCAUUCAUCUGGAUCCGGACCCUCAUUGGCCACACAGCCUUCCCCUGCUCAUUGCCUCAGUGCUUCUCAUCAACUGCAACAUGCUCACUCUGACCAACAGUAAAGUGAUGCUGAAGCCAACUUCCCAUCUGCUGCUCCCUCUGAGCAUAGCCAUGUUGACCUUCUCCACUCUUCACCUGUACCGCAUCACUUACCUUCUGUCUGCUGCGCUGAUGCUACUUGUGCUGUCCUGUUACCUCUGACCCCCUUUUUGAACCUAGGGACCAGUCCAGAAAGAACCGAAACAGCCUUAGUUUGUGGUACCUUGCAUUUUUUUUACUGCACUCACCAUGGAUUUCAUCUUGAAUUAUGGGUAGCUUUCAAACAGGGUAUUUGACAGGUCACCUGUGAUUGUGUAUUUUUGGGUUUCUUCAUUUUACAGCCAUUUGGGGGGAGGGUUAUUUGCAGUUGCUGGUGCAUCUGUGCAUAUUUGGGUUUAUGCAUUUAUUUUAUUGUAUUAUCAUAAACAGUAUCAGUAAAGCACAUUUACACUCACGGUGGCAGUGCAUUAUAUUUCUAAGGAAAUCCAAAACCUAAGAGACUAACAUUGUUUUAGUCCAAGAGACUAGCAAUUUUCCCCUGGGCAUCAUGGGGAUAUUUUUAUUGUUAUAAAAUUCUAUGGUUGCAUGUUGAGAGGUGAAAACAUGCAAUUUAGGUCGUAAACAUGCCUUCACAUGGCCUUCAC